AUGCCAAUACAAUAUGUGCUGUUAAAUGUUAAUAUAAUAGCUGCCCACUGUGCUGGCAUAUCAAGUACCUGCAAGCCAUUGCGGUUCACAGUAUAUUUAUCAAUAGACUAAUGCAUUUUCCGCUCAUCAUUUGUCUGUAAUAGAGGAGUAAUUUAGUUUGGCUGACGCCACCCACAGUAGACGAAAUGUGCAUGUCGUGGAAGAUGUAAUCCGUCAAAUAGAGCAUGCGCAGCUGCUGGGUUCUGGGAGUGUCUGAGCGGCGCAAUAUUGUAGCAGGCAUGAGAUCAGCACUCGCUACUGUGAAGCCAUGGGCGUUCAAACUGGACAAUGACUUGGACUGACAAGAAGAAUAUAAUGUCAAAUGGACUAGACUGAAAUGCGCCACCGGCUAAGCAGAGUGUCGAAGAAAUGUCAGAUUGAAUCUUUCCCGGCGUUUUGGAUAUAGACGGAAUCACCGCUCUGGGAUAACGGUGCCGGGUAUUAGUGCAUUGUAAUACAGUAGUUUGUUGUGGCCUACCCUGUUGGAAGACUGCUAUUUUUUCCGUUAUGUUGUAGGCAUUGUGUGUAUUCAUUAUUUCCAAGGUGCUGAAUUUAUCCUCGAUGUUGUAGGCCUAGUAUAAUGUGUUGAAUGUUGGCUGCCAAUUCACGCCUUUUCUAGUUUUGAUAAUUUUUGUGUAGUUUCAUGUUUUUCAGUGAUAUACUUGACUUAAUCUGCAUCUUAUAGAUCAUUGUGAUUUUUCUAAAGUGCCAAUACCCAUAUUGAUCAGAUAGUGAUUAUGACUAUUGAUGUAGCAAAAAUUCCCUUUAAUCUCUGAUUUUGGAAGCAUUUCAUGUUUUUGAAGUUGAACUCAUCUGACAACUUAAGUGGACAAUUGUAACAACAUAUGGAACAUAUUUUCAAAUCUGUGUGCCAUUUUGUUCAUGAGGCACAGUAUUUGAAUUGGGAGACUAAUAGGCUACAGCCUGCAGUUUUGCAAAGUCCUACAUAUCCAGCAUGUCAUGAAUUGCUCAUGUUUCUCACCUGCUGUGGGAGUGUUACUUGCUGAAAAACUGCAAUCAGAUUGACAGUUAAAGGGCGAGGCUGUAAGCCAUUUGUGCCAGCCAGGUUCCAGGACUGGGGUCCGUUGUGUGGCGGGAUGCUGAGGACCACAGUGGGGUGUGUGGGGGUGGAGGAGAGAGAUGAGGAGCAGGAGGAUGAAGGUGAAGAGGACUUGCGGGAUGGAGGUGUGCCCUUCUUUGUGAACAGGGGAGGCCUACCGGUGGAUGAGGAGACCUGGGAGCAGAUGUGGAGGCAUGUGGCCCGGAUUCACCCUAAUGGUGAGGCCAUAGGGACACGCAUCCGGGGAGCCAGUGAUCUGCCCAAGAUUCCAACACUGAGUGUGCCUACAUACCAGCCAACCACCAGUAUCCCACAGCGCCUAGAAGCCAUACAGAAAUACAUCAGGGAUUUGCAGUACAAUCACACAGGAACACAGUUUUUUGAAAUCAAGAAGAGCAGGCCUCUUACUGCGUUGAUGGACAUCGCCAAGGAGAUGAUCCGGGAGUCACUACCAAUCAAGUGUCUGGAGGCAGUGAUCCUUGGAAUUUACCUCAGCAACAGCAUGCCGGGUGUGGAGCGCUUCCCCCUCAGCUUUAAGACGCAGUUCUCAGGGAACCACUUUUGCCACAUCGUGCUGGGGGUACACAGCGGUGGCCGCUUCGGGGCACUGGGCAUCAGCCGGCGGGAGGACCUCAUGUUCAAACCCCUGGAGUUCCGCACGCUAGCUGACCUGGUGCAGGAGUUUGAGGGGGCCUACAGGGGCUACUGGCACACCUUGAGGAAGGUGAAGAUUGGUCAGUAUGUGUCCCAUGACCCCCACAGUGUGGAACAGAUAGACUGGAAACACUCCAUAAUAGACGUGGACAAACUGACCAAGGAGGAGCUGCGGAGAGAGCUGGAGAGACACACCCGGGACAUGAGGCUGAAGAUUGGGAAGGCUGCGCCCCCUUCACCCACCAAAGACAGGAAGAGUAACAUGGGCUCGCCCCUCCGUAACCCAGGCAGCCCCAUGCGCAGGAACAGCCGCAUCGAGAGACGUCCAUCUGGAGAGAAGAAAGUUCUUGAUCCGAAGCCACCUCCAGACAUGAAUGGAUAUCAGAUUCGAGUGUGAGGAGGAUUUCACUUCAUAAAAUCAUCCUGCAAAACAAGAUCUUAGAAUGGUAGGGUUCUGUCUGACAAAAGGUUUGUUCUGGGGAAUGGGGCUUUUGUGUUCAGUUUUCCAAAUAGGUUUGUACUUUGUAAGCAAUUUAUUUUGCAUUCAACAAAUGUGUGGUAUACUGUACAGAGCUUGGCCAUGUCAAUAACUGGUUAUUGACUAAAUGUACAGUACUAGUCAAAAGUUUGGUCACCUACUCAUUCUAGGGGUUUUCUUUAUUUUUAUUAUAUUCUACAUUGUAGAAUAAUAGUGAAGACAUCAAAACUAUGAAAUAACACAUAUGGAAUAAUGUAGUAACCAAAAAAUAUAUUUUAUAUUCUUCAAAGUAGCCACCCUUUGCCUUGAUGACAGCUUUGCACACUCUUGGCAUUCUCUCAACCAGCUUCAUGAGGAAUGCUUUUCCAACAGUCUUGAAGGAGUUCCAACAUAUGCUGAGCACUUGUUGGCUGCUUUUCCUUCACUCUGCGGUCCAACUCAUCCCAAACCAUCUCAAUUGGGAUGAGGUUGGGUGAUUGUGGAGGGCAGGUUAUCUGAUGCAGCACUCCAUCACACUCCUUGGUCAUUGUCUUGUUGUAAAACAAAUGGAAGUGGAAACCAGAUGGGAUGGCGUAUCGCUGCAGAAUGCUGUGGUAGCCAUGCUAGUUAAGCGUGCCUUGAAUUCUAUAUAAAUCACUGACAGUGUCUCUAGCAAAGCACCAUCACACCUCCUCCAUGCUUCACGGUGAGAACCACACAUGCGGAUAUCAUUCGUUCACCUACUCUGCGUCUCACAACAACACGGUGGUUGGAACCAAAAAUCUCAGAUUUGGAAUCAUCAGACCAAAGGACAGAUUUCCACCGGUCUAAUGUCCAUUGCUCGUGUUUCUUGGCCCAAGCAAGUCUCUUCUUAUUAUUCAUGUCCUUUAGUAGUGGUUUCUUUGCGACAAUUAGACCAUGAAGGCCUGAUUCACGCAGUGUCCUCUGAACAGUUUAAGUUGACAUGUCUGUUACUUGAACUCUGGGAAGCAAUUAUUUCAGCUGCAAUCUGAGGUGCAGUUAACUCUAAUGAACUUAUCUUCUGCAGCAGAGGUGACUCUGGUUCUUCCUUUCCUGUGGCGGUCCUCAUGCGAGCCAGUUUCAUCAUAGCUCUUGAUGGUUUUUGACGUUUUCCGUAUUGACUGACCUUCAUGUCUUAAAGUAAUGAUAGACUGUCGUUUCUCUUUGCUUAUUUGAGCUGUUCUUGCCAUAAUAUGGACUUGGUCUUUUACCAAAUAGGGCUAUCUUCUGUAUACCACCCAUACCAUGUCACAACACAACUGAUUGGCUCAAACUCAUUAAGGAAAGAAAUUCCACAACUUAACUUUUAACAAGGCAGGUUAAUUGAAAUGCAUUCCAGGUGACUUCCUGAUGAAACUGGUUGAGAGAAUGCCAAGAGUGUGCAAAGCUGUCAUCAAGGCAAAGGGUGGCUACUUUGAAGAAUCUCAAACAUAAAAUACAUUUUGAUUUGAUUAACACUUUUUUGGUUACUACACGAUUCCAUAUGUGUUAUUUCAUAGUAUUAUUUAACAAUGUAGAAAAUAGCAAAAAUAAAGAAAUUAGUAGGUGUGUCCAAACUUUUGACUGGUACUGUACGUUCAAAGCCUAUAAUUCUAAGGUCUCGCAAUGCUCAACUUUGGGGAUAUCACUCGUUUUACACCAGGGGAUAUCAAAACCUUGUGUAGGAUCAAUUCCACAGGCCUACAUAUUAUUAUUUUGCUCUGUGGGGUCUCAACUUACUUUUGAGAGGUAGAAUACACAAGGUGCAAUUUCAAAAUGUGGUUGUGCAUCAGCAGUUUUUCUCUUACGUCAGUCACUGGCAGUCACUAAAUGAACCCAUGUCAGCUAAAUAUUUUUAGAUUGGUAAAUUAGUCUACCGGCCAGCUAUCUAAACUUCUAGUAAUCCUGAUCGAAUUACCAACUGGGGGCCCCCCAUUGAUUUUGUUAGUCACUCUGACAUCAUAUUAAAAACUGCAAACAUUUCUCUCCACCUUAUGGCAAAAUGUGUAGAAUUGCAGGACAUUAGCUGUUAAACUGCACACAAAAAAUCCCCCUGACCAGAUGUGUAGAAUUGUAUGAAACUAGUUAUAAAACUGCUAAAUCUCUCUGCCCCCAACUUGUUUUAAACCUGCAAUGUUUUCUCUACACCCCAUGGCAAAAAUGUGUUUAAUUGGAGGAAAUUAACUCUAAAACUUAAAUUAACUUCAUAAAAGUUGCCCAUCCUGUUUUAGACAAUUCUAUUUAAAUUAACAGGCAUAACUGGCUGACCAAUUCACAAUAUCUCGUUGAGUAAUAGAUGUUAAGUCCCCAGCAACUUCUUUCCAAAAACGUGGCAUGGGCCAUUCAGGAGCUCUGUGGUUCUAGGUUGCUACCAGGCUUUUUGUAAAGCCAGAAGCUUGGUAGUGUCAUCCUUCUUUUAUAGUCCAUUCUACAAUAAGAUUGGUUCAGACAGCAUUUAAGGAAUUCCCAAAGGCUAAACAGGUAUGGCUCAUGUUUUUAAAGAUGGGUUAAUAUGCAAUAUUACAUUUGGCUUAAGCUGUGUAAGGUGUGAAAAUGAGUAAUUAGACAUAUCACAGAAGAGAUCCAUGUUGUCAGUUAUUAAGAAUUGCAAUCUGUGUCUCCAUGUUGUACUUUAAGUGUGUAAAUACAUUUAACCUUUUAGCUCUGCUGGACAGUAACCGCUUUUGUAGUGUAGUUUGCAAUCCACUUACCUUGUGCCUUUUAAUGAACAUUUUAAUAGACAGUGAUAAAGAAAACAAGUGUUACUGGAUGAAUAGUUCAUCUUCAAUUUCACUAGCAAAACAUACUGUACCAUCUGCUCUAUCCCAAAUAGCCAGUAAAUUGAGUGAUCUACACCUUACUCUCGUAUUUGUAUGUUCUGCUAUUGAUUACACAUGAUUGAAUAUGGGGUAAUUCAGCGUGCAGUAGUCUAUUUAAACCUUCCAAAGCAUGAGAAGUGUGAUUCGUUUUAGGAUAGUAGGAGAAAGUGGUCACUGUGAUCAACAGAAGUUUAGAAUUUUGUGGUCAUUCAUGAGACAACCUCACAUGCACAAAAUGUCUUUGUCCAAUUGUGAACGAUUACAUUGCAGGUGAUUUAUUUUUUGCUGUCAUUCUUGAGGAAAUAGGCAUUUUGAAGGCAGCAGUUGCUUUUUUAUAUUGACAUGGACUGAUAUAUUUAGUUUUUGUUCAGUAUAAAUAACCUUGUUCUUAUUUUAGCACAGCCUUAGUGUGGUUGUCUAGCUACUUUAAAUAUUAAACAGUUGUAUUCAAGGUGCAAAGAGAUUUGUUUACAAUAUUCUCAUCUGCAUUUUUAUAUGGCAUUUAGGCCAGAGUUUCUGUAAUUUUAUACUAGCCUCAAUUUUUAUUAUCACCGAGCAUUUGAGAAAUUGGAGUCCGCCCCACAUUUCUAAAUAUUGCCACAGAGCACAUUGAAAUUUGUUGGUAGGGAUUUCUUUAGUCCACUUUCAUUUCAAUACCAUAAACACAGAGGUUGUUGUCUUGUGCCAAAAGAUUGUAAUUGUCAUUUUAUCAUGUAAGGUUUUCUAUUGAUUUAAAGUCAACUCCUCUCACUUCCCUCCCAGUGUGUCUGUUGUUGCUAGGAUUUAUCACUCAUUGACAUGGGUCAGAUGGCUGAAAGUCUAUUAGCAAGCUUCAGCUAUAUUUAGAGAUUUACAAAAUGUAGUUAAAAUCAAUGACCGAUACAGUAUAAAUAAACUGGGUGCUAAGGACAUGGAGGACAAACUGAUAGCCUACAUGCCAACCAAGAGUCCAAAUUGGGUGUAGCCUGGACUAAAGAGAGUGACUAACAUUUCCUUCUUUAAUUGUCUUCAAAGAAAGCUUAAUACAACUCCCAUACUGAGGAUUUGUGUACUGGGGGACCAUACAGUAAGACAAUGAACAACAUUUGGUUGCAGCUAUACUAAUUAGAAUUUUCUGUAUAUUCUCUUUUGCCUGCUGGUACACUGUGAGACAUUCGACCUAGCCCAUUUUGGGCUACAAGACAUCCGUGACAUGAAAUCACAGCGGUUUUGAGAUUUCCUCUUUCAUUGCGAUGUGGUCUGUUUUUGUUCCUUAGUGCGAAGAUGUGGUGAUGACACUGUAUUAAUACAUGUCAUCUGAAAUAUUGUAACUGUAAAUCACCCGUAUGGCUUUGUGACAAUUGAAACUGAAAUAAACAAGGAACUGGUAUUUGACCAGAUUUGUUGAAAACAAA